AUGGGAUGCAUUUCUUCAAAAUUUAUUAUAUCAAGAACAAUCAGUUACCAUGAAGAUAGAAAUCAAAGAUCAAUGAGAAAAACUUCUAAUAGUAUUCCUUUGCUUGAAGAUUUAAUCAUCUCAACUAGUUUUUGUAAUCAAUUGCAUUCUAAGAGCUUAAGUUCCAACACUACUUCAAAAUUUUCUAUUGAGCCGGAAAGUUCUGAGGCUAUUGAGAAGUUGGAACAGGAGAAAUUUUCUGGUUUAGAAGAAAAAGAUGAGUUGGGAUCUAAGGAUGCUGUAGGUAAUAGGAGUUUUCACACAGUUGAGGAAUAUGAUGAUAUGGUUAAUAGAAUUUGGUUGAAGGAAUCUCAAAUUGUUCAACCAAGUGAGUUUAAUAAUGAAGAUAACGACCAUGAUAAUGGCUCAAUAAUUAAAAUGGACCUUCAGCUAUCUCAGGAUCAAGAUUCUUCCAUUGAGAAAACGCAACCAUUAUGGUUAACCAAGAAUGAGGAAGUAUUUCAAAGUCAUAAAGCAAGAAUGCUUGAGAAGGGAAAUAAGAGAAAGGCUGUAGCAAAUAAACUAGAAUCUCUUAGAAUUCCAUCCGAUGUUGAAUCUGCAGCCAUUGGUAGUCUUAAAGAAUGGCUUCCUGCAGAUGGAAUCUACUCUCCUGGAUCCUAUGUCACGCCGAAAUUUGGAAGCUAUUCUUCGACAAAAAUUAGGAAUGAAAAUGAAUCUGGUGAGGAAUCUAUAUUUAGUCCUGAGUUAGUAUCUACUUUUGAACAGUGUAUGCAAAAGCUUGAAGCGGAGGAAGAAAACAUUUUGAAACAAAUUCUAGAGACUGUGGAAGAAGAAGAAAUUGAGGAAGAGAUCAUGCAGACCUGA